AUGGCUGAUUUUAUCUCUAAGUUCAAGGCUUUGUCUUUGAAAGACAUCUCAAAAGCUACCGACUCCCAAUUUCCGCAAUUAUCCAACGAAGAAAAAGCAUUAGCUUCUCAAUUCGAAACUUUAUCUACUAGAUUCGACGAACCUGAGUCAUUGACCUCAUUAAAUGAAUCUUUAAAAAGCAAAACCUUUGUUGCUGGUAAUGUUCCAUCCAAAGCCGAUUUGGUUGCUUUUGAAAAGGUUUUGCCAUUGGCUUCAAAGUGGACAUCUAACGAUGAACUUGCUAAGAACAGACAUAUAUUGAGAUGGGCCGAUUUAGUUCAGAACACUUUAGUUGAUGUUCCAGAAUCUGAAAAGUUGAAAAUAGACUAUGACGCUGCUAUUCCAAGAGAAAUCAAGGAAAAGAAGAAGCCAGCUGCUACUGGUGCUGCUGGUGCUGCUGGUGCUGCUGGUGCCGCAGCUGCUGAAGCAAAGCCAAAGGAAGCUUCUGCUGAAGAUAAGAAGGGUGAACCAUUAUCAGAAGAAGCCAAGAAAGCUAAGGCUGAAGCUCAAAAGGCUAAGAAGGCAGCUAAGGCUAAAGCUAAGGCUGAAGCUAAUGCCAAACAACAGGCUGCUACUGUUCCUCCAAAUCCUGCUAUGGUUGAUUUCAGAGUUGGUUUCAUCCAAAAGGCUGUCAAGCAUCCAGAUGCUGAUGCUUUGUACAUGUCUACCAUUGACAUGGGUGAUGCAGAAGGCCCAAGAACUGUCUGUUCAGGAUUGGUCAAAUAUAUUCCUAUCGAAGAAAUGCAAGAAAGAUAUGUCGUUUGUAUUGCUAACUUGAAACCAGUUACCAUGAGAGGUGUUAAAUCAUGUGCUAUGGUUUUAUGUGCAUCCAAUGAAAACACUGUUGAAUUUGUUAACCCACCAGCAGGUUCCAAGGCCGGUGAUAAACUUUUCUUCGAAGAUUUCAACGGUGAACCAGAAAAACAAUUAAACCCAAAGAAGAAGAUCUGGGAAGCAGUUCAAGCACACUUCUCGACUAAUGACAAGUUUGAAGUUACUUAUACCGAGGAAGGUAAAGAACCAAAGAGAUUAGUGAAUGCCAAUGGUGAGUUAUGUAAGAACUCAACUAUUGUUAAGGCUGAUGUUAAAUGA